AUGAACUCGUCUCUAAAGUUGCUAAUGCGGAUCGCCAUUUGUUCCUACAGUUUAUCCAAUACGAUCUCAAUUCACUCUCAACUUAUCGCGAAGGACUUUCUGGGUUCCCUUCUCGGUGACGAUCAAAUCCUUCGUCUACAUGUCAGCUCCACGCUCGGCGCAACGAGUGAGGAUUUCACAAAAUUGCAGAACAUCAAUGCGCAAAGCUCGCGAAGACACUCCGGCAGUUCCGGUUCGAUGUUCUCCAUGAUUUGGCCGACGCGUUCAAAUAGCGUCGGCUGGAGGAACAGCUCUUCGCUCACUUGCUCGCAAAUGUCCCCGAGCCGAUCUUCCACCGUCUUAAUCACGGCCAUAUUGCAGUUCCCCGGCGGUUCCUCGCGCAUUCGGACGUGUUCUCUGUGCCGUUUAUCUCCCUCGCUGCGAUCCGUCUCCAGCAACGAAUCCCCCUCCGCGGUCACGGUAACCGCACCGAUCGGCGACGCGGACCCCAUCUGCGUCUCGCCACAUUUCUCGGAGUCAGCGGAGGGAGUCGAGCUGGCUACUUGGAGAUCGGACAGAGGCUGCAGAAACUCGCUCACCUCUCCGAUUUGCUCUCGCUCGCGCACCAAUCGUCGAAUCUGCGCCCCCUCGUUCUGCACACGCGCCACUUCCGCCCGGUUGAAUCGCUACCCAACACACAAACUCCCUUUCCACACCUCCAUCUGCGCGAUUUCUGCGCGAUACCACGCGGUCGCGCGCGACUCCACAUCACAAAACCGACGUAGAAGCAGUCGCUUGAGCAUGAGCAGCUGCUCGCGCUCGCGCAUCCACAGCUGGAGCGUUGAAAACGCGCUCUGA